AUGUCUGCAUCCAGCACCAUCGCAGCAAGAUGCGCUGCCUUGAGCGCUGGAAUCGCUCAGAUUAUCGCCGAUGCGAGCAGCUUCGCAUGUCUACUGCGCGAAUCGAGGAACGACAUCAACGCAGUCAACACGGACCUUCUGGCGCUUAAAUUAUUGCUCGACAUUGCCCGAGGUGACUUUGCGGCGUCCUGCCCAACCGAGACAUUUCCUAGACCUCUUCUGUAUGCGCUCUUCGAUAUCUUGGACUGCUGCGCAUCUGCGACUGAGGUGCUCCACAAACACUUCGUGAAGCUGUCUGCCAUAGAUUCACGGAGCGAGGCUUUCCAUAGUUUCAAGGAAUCGCAGUUGAUUAACCUGCGACACGACCUAGAGGCCUUGAGGUCCGCACUUGACGUUGUCUUGGAUGUCGACAUUCUAUUUUUCGACCCUGCAUCCAAGCACACUGUGUACCCCUCGAGGAAGUGCUCCCUCGGGGAGAGCGACCCAAAAGCCACUCGCUCACUUCUGAGAAGGAUCGAUAUAGAGCGCGAGCAUGCCGAAGCUCUUACAGAGAGCAGACUUCCUGUACUAUACGCCUCAUUCGAUAAGCUCAGAGCCUGCACCGCAUCUAUACUAGAGGAUUCCUGCGCAUUCGACGAGUCUCAGAAACGAUCAGAUUCUCGGUUAGACUCGCUCGACCUUUCCCCCAGCGACAGUUGUCGAACCGGCAUACCGAUUCCGACUGAAUUGCCGCCAGCAGCUUCAGCCACUGAAAUAGGAGCUUGGAUUGCCAAUAUUGUGCAUUCACCCACUAUGCCACCAGAACACAUCAUGAUCUCUGAUCCGCGGACAAACUCACGAGCGAGAACCCGCGAAGAAACCAUCCCUUCACGCGGGACUUUCUACGCUGAGAGCACUACCUCUGGAAGCCGAACCCAAUCAUCAGGAAAGCAAAACCCGAGAAAGAAAAAGAACCGCCUGCGGGCAGGCACGCCCCAAGCCAUCGCCAAGCCGCCCGGGGGGAAACACUCAAAAUCCUACACCACAGCAACGGUCGUGAGCUCCUCAGACACCUCGCUCAUCCACCUCAACAUCACAUCGGACAAACUCGCCAUCGCUCAUAGCAAGAGAAGCGAGCUUACCAAAGACCAAAAAGUCGCCAUCGACUGGGACCUACGCCACAUCUCGCGCACCACAUCCGCAGCGAACGUAGAGCGCAUCCUGUGGGAAGGCGCGAACCCCAACACCGAAGACCCGGAUUUCGGAACCCUCUUCAUAAGAGUCGCGUUUGAGCUUUCCGUCGACGUCUUGAACCUCCUCCUCGAGUACGGCGCACAGCCCUCCAAAACCUCCCCACACUCGCGCUACUUCUCCCCCAUCCACGCAGCAGUGCUGGGCAACCAAUUCGCCAAUGUGCAGUUCCUUGCCGAAAGGGGCGUACCCAUCGAUAGACCGAAUAACUCGGGCGAGACGCCGCUGCACCUUGCUGUUAGAACGCCUGGCGCGUACCCGAUAGCGAAGUACCUCCUUGACAGAGGUGCGGACGUCGAUGCUAGUGCGAAAGAUGUCGCGUCGCCGCUGCAUGCCGCUCUCUCGGCUGAGGAGCUCGACUCCCGAGAGCGCAGUCUGAUCGUCCAGUUGCUGCUUGCGCAUGGCGCGGAGGGCGAGGUGAGUAAGGAGGCGGCGGUUAGGAGGGUCAAGGGGCUGAGUGUUCUGGGGUUGGUGUGA